UUAAACCAAUCAAAAUCCCAUCGCCCUCGUACUCUCUCUGCAAUUCAUUAUUCACUUUCCAAAAUGCCCUAAUUUUCUCCAUUAAAACGAUGAAGAUGAAGACCCUAAGGGAUUAAUAAAUCCUCAAUCUAUCCCUUCUUCAUUUCUCUUCUUGUUCGAAAUUAGGGUUUUAGGGAUAGAAAGAUAAAAAAAAGGGGGUUUUGUUUUUGAUUGCUUCUGUAACUAUUUCUCUGACGAUCAUUGGAUGCACGUGGGGUACGCGAAGCAGAAAUUUCUUUCGUUUUCUCAUCGCAAACAUUUAUUUGUUUUUCUUUUUAUUAAUUAAUUAUUUCUUCAAGGGGUUGGUCCCAAUGACUCCAUGUUACGACAUCUUGAUUGUAUUUUAUUCAAGUUUUAUACAAAUCAGUAAAAAUGUAAGCAAAGCAUCAAGAUCAGAGUCAAUAGUUUGUAUCUAUCGUCACUGUGUGUUUGUGUGUGUAAUAAGUGUGAGUUUUUUUAUAUAUAUUCAUACCCAACUUCCACUUUAAUCAUCUUCUUCCUUCUUUUGCCACGCAUCCCCCCUUUCUUUUUCUUAUUUGUAAGCCCCCCUUUCUCUCUCUCUCCAUCUCUCUCUCUCUCUCUCAUAAAUUAUGAUCCUAAAUUUUUCAUUGCAGCUUCAAGAAUAAAUUAAAUUGAAAUAUGGAAUCGAAAAAAGACAGGGGUGAAGUGAGGAUUCAUGAAAAUUUAGAUGAACUUAGCACAGAUUUGGCUGAUUACGUGGCAGAAUUAUCAGAGGCAUCUGUGAAAGAACGUGGCGUUUUCGCCAUUGCUUUAUCUGGAGGUUCUCUCAUUAGCUUAAUGAGGAAUCUAUGUGGAGCUCCUUAUAACAAAACCGUAGAUUGGUCCAAAUGGUAUAUAUUUUGGGCCGAUGAACGUGUGGUUGCUAAAAAUCAUGUCGAUAGUAACUAUAAACUUGCAAAAGAACAUCUUUUGUCUAAGUUACCUAUUGUUCCGAGCCAUGUACAUUCCAUCAAUGAUUCCCUCACUGCGGAAGAAGCUGCGACUGAAUACGAGUUUGUGAUCAGACAACUUGUGAGGACACGUGUCAUCAACGUGUCUGACGUCAGCGACUGCCCAAAGUUUGACCUAAUCCUACUUGGCAUGGGCCCGGAUGGACACGUGGCGUCUUUGUUCCCUAACCAUUCGGUUCUUGAAGAAAAAAACGAGUGGGUGACAUUCAUCACCACUUCACCUAAACCUCCGCCCGAAAGAAUCACCUUCACCCUUCCCGUUAUCAACUCUGCCGCCAAUGUGGUGGUGGUGGUGACAGGUGGCGGAAAGGCAGAAGCUGCCAGGCUGGCGAUAGAUGAUGUGGGACCCGAGUGUGAGGUGUUGCCAGCUAGGAUGAUUGAACCGGUUGUUGGGAAGCUGGUUUGGUUUUUGGAUAACCAAGCUGGUUCAAAGCUUAAGAGCUUUUCUUAAUUUUCUAAGUAGAGAGGGUUAUGCUCUUAAUGUUAGUGGAGGGAUUCAUACCUGUUUUUGGAUAGUUUUUCAUUGUUUUUUGGUACCCAUGUGGCAAAAACGCGAUUUACCCUUUUUUGGGGUUCUUUUCAUUUGCAAGAGGUGU